GUCCCAUGGUUCAGCGCGGCGCGGAGCGUGAUCUCCGCGUCACCGCAGACAGACAUGGCGGUGUGUAGCUCUGUGUGACAGCUUAGCAUCAGGUUAGCAUCUGAACACAGCUCCGGACAGACUCCGCUGCCCGCCGCCGCUUCAGGAUGGGCUCCCGAAUCAGGGAGAGCCCUGAGUCCACCUUCGAGCUGUAUGUGGAGGUGGCCCACCCAGGCACACACAGCGCCGGGCCAGAGGUGCGGAGACAGUAUCCUGAGGACUACACAGAGCAGGAGACGCUUCAGACUGUGCCCAAGUUCUGCUUCCCCUUCAGCAUGGACAGUCUGACAGUUAACCAGGUGGGUCAGAACUUCACCUUUGUGUUGACUGACAUUGAGAGCAAACAGAGAUUUGGCUUCUGUCGCCUCUCCUCCGGCGCUCACACCUGCUACUGCAUCCUCAGCUACCUGCCCUGGUUUGAAGUCUUCUACAAGCUGCUGAAUGUCCUCGCAGACUACACCAUCAAAGGCCAGGAAAGCCAGUGGCAGGAGUUCCUGGUGUCCCUGCAUACGCUGCCCGUCCCCGAGCCAGGCGUCCCGGUUCAUCUGGGCGUGCACUCCUUCUUCACUGUGCCUGACAUCAGGGAACUGCCCAGCAUACCUGAGAAUAGAAACCUAACCGAGUACUUUGUAGCAGUAGAUGUCAAUAACAUGCUUCAUCUGUACGCUAGUAUGCUUUAUGAACGUCGAAUCCUCAUCUGCUGUAGCAAACUAAGCACUUUGACAGCGUGUGUCCAUGGCUCCACAGCCAUGCUGUAUCCCAUGCACUGGCAGCACGUGUACAUCCCUGUCCUGCCACCGCAUCUGCUGGACUACUGCUGCGCCCCCAUGCCCUACCUGAUCGGAGUCCAUUCCAGCCUGAUGGAGAAAGUUCGAGGCAUGGCUCUGGAUGAUGUGGUGCUGCUGAACGUGGACACCAACACCCUGGAAAGCCCCUAUGAUGACCUGCAGAGCCUGCCCAGCGACGUGGUCUCCUCUCUGAAGAGUCGUCUGAGGAAGGUUUCUACAACCACCGGGGACGGCGUGGCCCGAGCCUUCCUCCGCAGCCAGGCGGCGCUGUUUGGCAGCUACAGGAACGCUCUGCAGAUCGAGGCGGGAGAGCCAAUCACAUUCAACGAGGAAACCUUUGUGAACCACCGAUCCAGCGCCAUGAGACCGUUCCUCCAGAACGCCAUCCAGCUGCAGCUCUUCAAACAGUUCAUUGACGGGCGCUUGGACCUGUUGAACUCCGGAGAGGGUUUCAGUGACAUCUUUGAGGAGGAGAUCAACAUGGGCGAGUAUGCAGGCAGUGACAGGACCUACCACCAGUGGCUGUUCACUGUGAAGAAAGGAGGCGGGGCUAUCUUCAACACGGUGAAGACCAAGGCGAACCCAGCCAUGAAGACCGUGUACAAGUUUGCUAAGGACCACGCAAAGAUGCGUAUCAAAGAAGUCAAGAGCCGGCUGAAGCAGAGGGAGCAGGCAGAAAACGGCUUCUCCACAGCGGGCUCAGCAGUUGCCUAUGACGACAAUACAGCCAGCGGUGUGGUCAGGAGGGAGGGGCCUCUGCAAGCCCUGGACGACCACCGGCCAAUCACUGUGCACUUCGGACAGGUGGGCAGACAUGAGACGGGGGGGGGGGAUUAUUCCAUACUAUUUAUGCCAACUACAGUUCCCAUAAUGCUUUGGGCUCGGCCCCCUACGCUGCUGAAGAGACCGAGCAGCAACGUGAGUCUGGAGAGCAGCGCGGACCACUCUAUGCGUCCUACUCGCCACUACACCGUCUUUCUGUCGGAGGAUUCGUCCGGAGACGAGCUCCAGUACGAUGAGGACUCCAUCUCUGGCUUUCCUGACAGCUUUCUCUUCUCCGUCCCGUUUGAGUGGUCGCCUCUGCCACAGCCGUACCGCUCCCUGAAGGAGGUCCAGUUGAUAGAAGGGGACGAUCAUGGGUUUGGGGCAGAAAGUCACACUGCCCCUCCCAGCCCAGUUAAUGACAAGUUCUCCAAUGUCCACCUGCUCGGCGACAUCUUCGGCUGCCAGGACGAGCCUGACAGCCAACCAGUCACCUCGGCUAAAAGCCUGGAGGACCUGAGGACUCCCAAAGACUCCGAGGAGCUACAAGCCAAGUUCACCUACCAGCGGAUGGACCUGAGUGUCAGUGAACACUCCCGAACACUUCCAGGCCUCAAGCUGUCCAACCCUUACAACAAGCUGUGGAGUGGCGGCCAGGACCAGAGCGCCAGAGCGUCGGUUUGUGUGCCUCCUGCCUGCGACAGACCUCCGCCUGUCCAGCCUUCCCACUCUCCGAGCCGGGAAAGCUCUGGCCCGGGCCCCGACCCUUUGGACUCUUUGGACCCUUCCGCCUCCGGGAACAUCACCAUUCCGCGUCCCCACGGAAGGAAGACGCCCGAGCUUGGUACUGUGCUAGCCCCCCCGGCGGUCCAGUCCCGCUCUAAAACAGCCGGCACAGCUGACGGAGGGACUACAUCAGGGGGACAGGAGUUUAGGCAAGCCCUGAGCAUGAGCACAGACGGAGAGCUGCUGAAGCCCAGCAGGGCGGCUGAGGACAGUCUAGAUCUGAUCAGCCUUCUGGACCCCCUCAACAGCUCAGCAGCCAGCUGCUCCACUUCAUUGAGUGACGGGCUAGAUAUUGGCCUGUCGUCAUCUUCCUGCAGACCAACACUAGCCCCCAGGUCUUACCCUCAGGGCCUGCCUCCCUUCCCACUGCAUCAUCCCCACAUGUCACUCAACCCUUUUGCUCAGUCUCUGCAGCACACUUCCCCUCAGAUGCGUUACUCACCGACUGUAAGUGGCAAUCCUUUCAGUGUGGUCUACGGGCCUGCACCAGGCUCUUACCACACACAGUCUUAUUCUACACUACCAGGGCUCUACAGACAGCAUUCGCCAGGCAGUUCCACUCUGCCACCCAACUAUGGACUGCUGCAGCCAGCCUUCCCCCCCUCAGCCCCCUCCAUGCCUCACUUCUCUGCCAGCAAUCACACUCUGUCCAGUCUAGCGGACUCCCCGUCUGUCCCCAGUCACGCUGUGAACAUUCUGGCAAAGCCACUUCAUGCUGAGGGGGACAGCCAGAAGACUCAGGAUCCUUUUGGGGAUCUGCUGACUAUGGCCAAGCCAGCUACACCCCAAAAAAAGAAGGUGGAGGACCUUCGGAGGAGGUGGGAAACAUUUGACUAAAACCUGUAAAUACGUACUGAGGUGCUCCUCUCUGUCCCGAGCCAAUCUCCCCUCACUACUGAAUCAGGACCUUCUACUGCAUUUAAUACUGCAUUAGCUGUCAGACAUGCUGCUCUGCUUAUGCAACUCACAAUGGUAGAAGAAUAAGAGCUUCAACCUAAAAUAAGUUAGUGAACAUGAACUAAUCAGCCUUGUAUUAUUUGCCCUGCACGCUAGCAUUAAAGCUACUUUGUUGACUGACGUCUUUAUUUCAACAACGUGACGUAAUGAAGUGUGUUUGGCUGCGCUGACCCCAGUGGUUGAUACAGGUGUCUUUUCACUUGCCAGUCCCACCAGUAAUAAAAUGUACAGUACAUAACCGUUUUUAUUGAUUUCUGAAUUCUGUUUUAUAGUGACGUGGUUUUCUUCUACUCUUGUGUGUGUGCAUAUGCAUCAGAGAUGAUAUAAUUUACUGUGACAGAAGGUCCUGCCCCCCCCAUACCCCCCACUGACCAACGACAAACAGGAGUGUGAACUGUGUUGUCCGCCCAAAACCUGCACCUGUCUAAGGACGCCUGAAUUUGGAUAUUUGGUGUUGUGUUUGAUUUUCCCGCCAUUCUACCCAGGAAAUGCCACUCAAAGCCAGCCUUGCUUCAACAUGUUCAGAUGCCACGCAUUAGCAAAUUGCUUAGAAAGUUCUUUACACAGCAGCCUUGUG